AUGACAUGCAAGUUCGUCGGCAUUGACCGCAGAAACAGCCUGAUUGUCCAACAAUCGAGCACACUAACCACUCCCUCCACACGACCUCUCGCCGACGCCUCGAGCGGGCCCGGUUCGACAAUGUGCCAGUGGGAGGAGAUCAUCUAUGCCUGCGACAGCAGCCAGCACUACGGCCGAAAAGUCCAGAAGAUGGCCUACUCCUGCGACAUCUACAGACGCCACGUCUACGGACCCUGCCGGUACGAUAAGCGGUACGACCGGCCCAUGACUCUGGUCUACAGCGACGAGUACUGCGACGAGUGCCAGAGGAUGUUCGAGUACAUCAACUACCACUAG